AAAAGCACUUUUACUUUUCUCAGUCAUUAUUUGAAGUGGGGAGAGAAAUGGCUGGUGAGGCGUUCCGAUUCCAUUUUGCACAUUCCGAUGAGGAGGAGGAUGACACGAAGAGAGACAGUCCCGUUCAGUCUAUUCCUGAACGACCCGCUGUAGUUCUGCCGGUGACGAAUAAAGAAUUGGAGAAGAUGGCGAGACAAACCGAGUCAGAAGUUACCUCCACUGAAUUCUGUAACAAAGAUGUAUGUAUUCGCCAUGUGGAGUCUGCGAGUGCACAAGCAGACAUCCAGGUUCUGGAUGCAAGCAGGGAAUCGGAUUCAGAGGACAAAGAAAGUGACUGUGCGCGUGCUAUCAGUCAACAUUCUGACUUGAUUCCAGGCGUGUAUGAAGGUGGUCUGAAAGUGUGGGAAUGCUCCCAUGAUUUAGUCGAUUAUAUGCAUAGCCAUAAAUUUCUGCUUGAAGACAAGCGCGUCCUGGAAGUGGGCUGCGGUGCGGCAUUACCUGGACUGUAUGCCUUGUUAAUGGGUGCCAAAGCUGUUGAUUUCCAAGAUUACAAUGAAGAGGUUCUGCGUCAUGUGACUGUGCCGAAUGUGGCAGCAAACAUGCUGAACGCAUUUAAGAUGAGGGAGAGACGACAGCUGCGUUGUCGACGGCAUAGUCCUCGACGGCCGAAUUCUGACUCGACUGCACGUGUGCGUCUCGCUGAUGCUGCAAAGGCUGUGAGUGCUGGUUUCUUUGCUGGUGAUUGGGGAAAACUGGAAGAAGUCUUCUCGGAGCGCAUCUCAUCUGGACAUGGCAAUCUGUAUGAUGUAAUUGUCACGUCUGAGACUAUCUAUCGGGAGGAUACACAUAGGAAGCUGUUGAGCUUGAUCAAAUGUUGCCUCUCUCCAUCAGGCGUUGUUCUUCUUGCUGCCAAGUCACAUUACUUUGGUGUUGGUGGCAGUGUACGGAGCUUUGAGAAGGCCAUAGAGGAUGAUGCGUCCCUUCAAUGCAAGGUUGUGUCGAAGUAUUCGGGCAGCGGUGUGACGCGAAUGAUAAUAGAGCUGAGAUGGACUGCUGUGAAAUAAGAGAGGAUAGGCGCAUUUGCUUUCACCAUGCUUUGAAGCUACUAGUACUUGAAAUUGUUCUUUGGUCUUGAUUGAACUUUUCUUAGUUUAAAGAAUUUUCUAAUGUUUUCUUGUAGAUCGUGAUGGCUUUCUUUUAUGAAUUUAUUUGUGGUACUCACCGUAGCAAUUGCCUUCAUACUGUAAAUCAAUUUUAUGUCGUAAGCGAA